AUGGCGUAUGUGGAUAUGUUCUUAGGAGCUUUGAGUUUACCAGUAUACAUUUACGAUGUCGGGUAUGAGUUCCACCUAUGGACCACGUUCGUUGGAAACUUAUGGACCAACAAGCCUAUCUUAAUUCCCUACAUGAUCGUUGACACAGCUUUCUCGCAGGCCUCUCUUAUUUCUGCAGUGUUCAUAGCGUGUGAAAGAUUUUACGCCAUACGUUGGCCGUUUAAGCAUCGAACAUUAUCGACACAAGCAUACCGCAUUGCUAUAUUUUCAGUGUGGGCACUAGCUCUCCUUAUUUCUGCAAUCUGGACCGGUUCAAACCUGUUAUUUUCUUACAAGUACAUUAUGUUUUUUUGGGGGCCAUACACUUUGAUUCUCAUUUUAAUCACAUGUGGCUGUAACAUUGGUAUUUGGAAAAAGUUUCAAACUGGAAGAGUCGCCGCUUCACAUCAAGAAAGCCGAGACUUACAAAACAAGCGCUUAACAAAGAUUUUAUUAAUUGUAUCUGGCCUUACUUUACUCGCUUGGCUGCCGCUAGUUUUGUUAAACUUACUAAUGUAUGUUUGGUUUUUCCAUGUGCCAAGACGAUUUUAUCAUGCAGUAAACCUUUUCAACUACUUGAACUCCUUUGUCAAUCCAAUUUUUUACGCAUUAAGAAUUGCUGAGUUUCGACGAGCACUGGCUUUAUGUUGUAGAGGAAGACAUGUGCAAGCAGCUGUAAACAUAAAGCUUUCUAAAAGAAGGAAAGAGAGGUACAGAACGUCCGCUGAAUUUAGUCGUGAACUGGCUUUCGAACAGAAUGUUCUGGAUACCAAACUGUAAAACACAUAAUUCAAACGCUAGCUGGAACUCGAUUAAAAUGAAAUAGAUAGAACACGAGCUGAAUAUUUUAAUGUCAGGCAGUUGAAGUUAAAAACCUAGUAAUGCCUCUCAAAUGAUGGAAAUGACAACGGUAGUGUUAAGUAAAAAUUGUUCAAAUAAAUGAGACAUAUAAUUAGGCACUAUUCGUCUACAUUUAAGUCGGCAAUACAUGACAGGAUAAGAACUGUGUCUUAGUUGACAACUUCCAGGGUCAUUACCGGUUAGGUAUAUUUUCUAAAGUAACCAGAACUUCAGAAACAGCAAAGAAGGAAGAAAAAUGAAUGAAUCGCAGAAAAGCGCAAAAUAUAAUUAUGAUAUUAGGUUGUAGAUUUAUUCCAUUUUCGGGAAACAGCUUCGUCAGCUCUUAUGACAUGGAGCCCUCUGCUUUACUGUUUCCCUUUUUUAUCGUGUUUUAUAGUUGUUUGUUUUCUGUCUUUUUCAUUUUUGAUUCACCUUAGUAAAACUGACGGGAACGCUGGCUCUUUGCCCGAUGGUAAUAAACAAGAGAAUAGUUUGCCAGUUUCUCCCAUUGAUUGCUGACUCACACAGAGAAAUGCUUGCUCAUUUACACAUAAUACUAAGUGAGGACUUUCUAUUUCUUGUUAAAUAUACUAGACAAGGCAGAAAAGUACUAUAAAACGUUUUAAUCUGCAUGAUAAAGGAUUUGUAAAGAUAAAGAGCUCGAUCAGAUGUACCAAAGAUGUCUGCACAAAGACACCUUAUGGUAUAGGGUACGAUCACAAAAGAAACAGUUCAAAAUAUAAACUAUAAGAUAAGUAUACGAUUACUAUAACAUUAGUAUACGAUCGUGUGUUAAAAACAAGUGACACACGAAGCAGAGGCGAGGAUGUCAUUAAUCACGUUCUUACCUUAUUUUGACAUCUUCUGUAAUCUAUUACUGUAGAGAUCCACGGCAACCUGGAAUAUAUUUGUCGUAUAUGACUAAUAUAUACUUCCUCUAAUCUGAGAAUACAUUAUAACGAAGAACCAAUCAAGAUGCAUGUAUCAUUCAUUUUAUCGCUUCGAUAUUCAUAUGCAGUCGUCAAAAUUUGGAGUGGAAAAAGUAAUUCAUACUUAUCGUUACAUUAAAAUGUAAAUCUCACCAUUUCAAGGACUCACGCUGAUGCAUUUGCAUUAAGUAUGGGAAGUGAAGCGAUGAAAUCUCCUAAGCAGGGUGGGGAAUUGACCUAGCUAGAAUAGAGAGAUGUUGGGUAUAAACAUAAGACAUCAAUUUUUUGAACGUGUGUGAAAAAAAAAAGUUAUUACCGACAGGUAUUUAUGCUUUAGGUUUUUAGGAAACUUUUCAUAAAUUAAAUGAAUAUGGAGGGACAGAUGUUCCAAGCUUUUCAAACAUAUCCUGGAGGCUAGGAAAGUAGAACGAAAUAAAACUUUUGACAACUUACAGUUUUAAUAGUCGCCUGAAAAAGCUUGAAUUCACGGAAGGUUCCAGAGGAAAUAUAUCCUUAGAUAAACUAUUUGAACAUGUGUCAAUAAAAAAUAGCAUUAAAGAAGACAGUUUCUACUCUCUACCCGUUACCCUAAGUAGAACGAAUAUAUCAAUAGUUUUCUGACGAAUGAAACUGUCAGCAAGUUAGAGAUUGAUUGGAGACCGUCAAGAAAAGCAGUUGGUAAUACAGUCAAACCUGUAUUUAACGGGGAAUGGCGGAUUGACCGCUUAAUUCAGGCUGACCGCUUAAAUACGGGUUCCACAGAAUAGAGAUGUUAUAAAAAACGAUAAAAAAUGCCAUUUUAUAUCAUAAGUGACAACCAAGAUAAUAUUUUUACAUUCUUUUGCUGACCACUUAAUGUAAAAAAACUUGCGCAAAAAUACUACCAAUAUUGAUUUCGGGAGAAAUAAAUGGAUUAAAUUUUGCUUGAAAAAGAAUUCUUAGCUUAGUUUGAGUGGUACGAUUCCGCUCUGAGUAACUGUUCAAUACAGGUGGAUGAUAAUACAAACAAGCCGCUAGGACUCAGUGAAGGGUGAGCACGACCGCUUGAUAGAAGUGACCGCUUAAUAGAGUUGCGAAAUUACAGUAGUAAAGGGCAACAAAUUUCGGGACUUUGAAAACCGACCGUUAGAUACAGGGAGACCGCUUAAUACGAUGCCGCUUUAUACAUGUAGGUUCGACUGUACUUGGCUUUCCAAAUUCAGCUUGAGACGCUUCAAAGCUAACGGUCGAAGAAUUAUUCAACCGAGGGAGGAUUUUAACGACCUGAAGAGGCUAAAAAAAAAAAAAAAUAACACAGCACUUCAGUGCAAUGUAAUUGAGAUCUUUUGGCAAAGAUGCGCUUAAAAUUUGGUUGUAGAGCGUUGAUUUUCUUCCCAGAAUUUCCGCAACGGAUAUUGCUAAGAAUGAUGGACUGCUCGACGACUUAGGUUGGUCUUCUGUGUUAUAAAGGUGGUCACCAAUGGCUAGCUUAACUUCGUAGAAACUCUCAUUGAUAGGUGAGUUUUUUGGCAAAGAGGGUCGGUUUCAGUUUCUUCCAAUUUUGGAGGUAUAUUAGUGUUAACAACUGAGUUGAAAACGUAAUUGGCCACCGUAAAGGCAGCUAAUUUUAUUGAAUUCCUUUCACCUUUUAGGUGGCUAAUUUACGUUUUCAACUCAGUUGUUAACACUAAAUUACCUACUAUAACCUCCCACCGACGCAGCACCACAGUUUCUUUAGAAACUUAUCCCUUUAUUCAUUUGUCCAAUUUUGAAACCGAGAGUUUUAUGAUAAAUUGAACCUUUGCUCAGUGAAUUGCAGGUUUUUUUUCUUUUUCUUUUUCUUUUUUUUCUUUUUUCUGUAGCAAAGAUUUGAAAAGUUUAAUUGGUAAAAGACCAAGUUCGACAUCUUACUGAGAUCAGCAGGGUUUUUAAUAACUUUUUGCCAUAAACGGCACCCUUUUCUGUGCCGUAAGGCGAAAUCCAAACACAAGGCCUGUUUGCAGGAUAAACAAACGGCGGUGUGAGCCGUACAUCUAUUUAACAAUGGCUCACCAAAAGCGCACAUUUACACAAGCACCAUGCUUUGGGGAAAUUAACACUUUUAAGUGACAGCUGUAGGUGCCUGUCAAAACGUACACCUACAGCUGUCACCCAUUACUUUUCAGUAACAACGGUCAUAAAGAUCACCAUUUUUAUUAAGAGAAAUUUACAAGAGAUAAAAAAAAACUUCAUUCUCUGCAAUUUAAUGGGCGAUCUCUGUCAUCAAUAGGGUGUUACAGUCAGUGGAGUGCUUGCAUUCGUAAUUGGUCAGUGAACAGUAUAGAGGCAGAAAACAUAUGUUGCACCCUGGCUUCUUAAUCUUUAUCUCAGUAUUUCUCUCUUCACAUCAAGAAAGCUGAGACUUACAAAACAAGCGCUUAACACAGACUUAA